AUGAUAGAUUUGAGUUCCAACAUAUUUUAUGGCCCGAUAACUAAUGUCUCUUCCACUCUGACAUCACUACAUCCUUCUAAAAACAAAUUCUAUGGUGGAAUCUCCUUCUUAUGCCAAAUUGACUUGGGGUUUUUAGUUGUUCUUGACCUCUCCUAUAAUCUUCUAAGCGGACAACUUCCAGAUUGUUUGUGGCAUUUCAAAGAACUAAAAAUUCUUAAUCUAGAACACAACAAUCUAUCUGGAAGGCUUCCUACCUCUGUUGGAUCUUUGAUUAAACUCGAGUCUUUGGAUCUAUACAAGAACAAUUUCUCCAGAGAAUUGCCUCUGUCUUUAAAGAGUUGCACGAGCUUAAACUCAUUGAAUUUGGGGGCCAACAAGUUUUUUAGUAAUGUGCCUACUUGGAUUAGGGAAAACCUAUCUGGGUUGCAUGUUCUUAUCCUAAGAUCAAACAACUUCUUCUGA